AAAAAAAAAAAAAAAAAAAAAAAGGAAAGAAAGAGUAAGCACAAUCUGCGUUGUCUCUGAACUAGUCGGCUCUAAUGGCGAUCCAAUGGAUUGGCUUAGAGAAGUGAAAUUUAUUACUGUCAUUUCAGCAGACUGCAAGUCAGCCGCCAGCACCCUGGUCCAGAGACCCGAGGAUGACUAUUCUGGAUCCGUCCUAAACCCGAGCUGAGUGAUGGUAUAGAUACAUAAAUACGAACAGAAGAUAGAACUUGUGCUGUCAAUCAUAUGCAUCAUAUUAAUACUAAGAUCUUUCAAAAUCAUACAAUCGCCAUGCAGCUGCCGAUUCAAGGCGAAGUCUACUUCACCCUCCAGCAACACAGCGAAUCGAUAUCCUCAGUCAUCGUCGCCAACGGCACCGUGAUAGCCCGCGGCCCAAGUCUCCAAGAACGCCCUCCAGAGAACUGGAUCAGUGCUCUGCGGGAAAUGUCCGAGCGGUUGGGGAGGGAUAAAGAUGACGGUAUUCCCAAGGGUUAUUCGACAGAAGCUUCACCGACGACAUUCGGAUCCUCACCAAGACAAUCCCCCACUUCCAGUGAACUGUUUACAUCGCCGACGCCGUCAUUGACGAAAUCGGAUUUGGGGUUGAAGCGGAUGAAGAAAUUGCAGGACUUGCUGGCGGCGCUUUUCAACCACCCGAUCUCCAGUGUGGAGGAUCAUAACCAGCAAGUGGAGGGGUUGUACAGCGGGUCGCGGAUUACCACUUGUCCUAAUGUUUCCAUUAUGCAGUUUGCAGAGGUCCUUGGGCGGCUAGGGAAUGUCUCGAAUACAGUGGGGAAUGUGUACGGGUUACUUAGUUGGCAGAUCUUCAAGAUGGAAGAAGACCGGUUGGUACAUGAUGAGGGUUUGUCUCCGAAUUUCGCUGCAAAGCAGAUGAACAAGAAAAUGGCCGAAGUGCUUAAGCGUCGAGGCAAGGCCAAAGACUGGGCUAGUGAUGCACGACGUGCAGUCACGAUGGUGUUUGGGCCGUUACGCAAUACCAGUAUCUGCGUCAGAUCGUUUGCGCUGAUCCUUCUUGCAAGUCUCUGCAGUCUAGACGGCUUACUGAAGAUCGCCCACUUCCCUACCCUCCGGCGGUACUUUGAAGAGCAAUUCUCGAGGAUCGUCGAGUCCCAAGCACCGGAGUGGGAGCUGCUUGAAGAAAGUGGCUACAAAGUGUUUGAUUAUAAGGAGUUUUUGCGGCAGCGAGGACCGCCGUUACCCUUAAACGACCAAUCACAUAAUCUCCCGCUUGAUCGACUGCUAGAAUGGCGAGCCCAGGUGUCGAUGUCCCCGGCGGAGCGCCUUUUCGCGAAUUCCGUGGAAACGGGGUCGGCAUCUACGGCCCGACCUUCGGGCAUGGUAAAUCAUACUGGUAAUAUGCCACCACAACCACAGCUGCAGCUCCCCGGGACCAGUCCGGAAGCGUCUACUAUGGAUUAUCUGUUUCAGAAUCUCACGAAUUGUGAUGAGAUGGUGAAUUUGGAAUUGGUUAUUUAGCUAGUUUUCUUUGGUUUUUUGGGUGGUUAUUUCAUAUUUGUCAGGUGUUAGGACAGAAUUACGGCAGGUUUUAGAUAAUAGAUCUGGAUAAUGGACCAUGAUUUAAUGGAUGAG